CGGCAAGCCUAAUAAUACCGUAGCUCUUGGCUCCCAGAGGCUCGGCUGUCAGCUCGCAAUCCUGGGAGCUGCAUUUCUUAUCAGUCAUGGCCUAUCGAAAUGCAGCGCCAUGGCUCUCCAACAAAACCGGGGCCACUUUAAUAGACGGCAACACGUAGUCUACCCAGGCAGGCCAGGACCCUAAUCUGCCACUUCUUGCUCACGACAUUCUUCCGUGAUAAACCCGCCGCCCUUCACUUGAUUCCAUUCCAGAACGCUCCUUCUUUGCUCGCGUGUUUCUCUUUCCUCUCGGCCUGUUUUUCACUCACUCAAUCCCUUUUUCUCCCCCCGUCUCCCCCCCCUCUCUCUCUCCAUUACCCCAGAAUACGACACUCGGGUUCUCGCGUUGCUACCGCUUUGAUGGUUGGAAACCGCCCCUCCUAACACAUCCAGCACCAUGGCCAACAUGAGGGACCGUCAGCAGCUGCACCGCGCUCGCAUCAUCUCGAGCGUCGCAGCUACAUUCGUGUCACUGGCCUGCGGAAGUAACUAUGUCUACUCGGCGUGGGCCCCUCAAUUCGCCGACCGCCUCAAGUACUCGACGACACAGAGCAACCUCAUCGGCCUCGCCGGCAACCUCGGCAUGUACGCCUUCGGAAUGCCUGUCGGGAUCCUCGUCGAUGCCAAGGGACCGCGCCCGGCCGCCCUCCUCGGAUCCAUAAUGCUGGCCCUAGGUUACUUCCCGCUACACCUCGCCUAUGACAAAGGCUCCGGCUCCGUCGCCAUGAUGUGCCUGUACUCGUUCCUGUCCGGCCUGGGAGGGUGCACUGCCUUUGCCGCCGCCGUCAAGACCUCUGCCCUCAACUGGCCGCAUCACAGGGGCACCGCGACGGCCUUCCCCCUGGCUGCGUUUGGCCUGAGUGCAUUCUUCUUCUCGCUCGUCGGCGGCUUCCUCUUCCCCGGAGACACGGGCGACUUCCUGCUGCUUCUGGCCUACGGCACGGCCGGCAUGACCUUUCUCGGUUUCUGGUUCCUUCGCGUUGUCCCGCACCAUGGCAGUUACCAGUCCGUGGCUGCCGACGAGGAUGAGGGCAAGGUUCGGUCAGAUGCACCCUUUGUCGAGCCUGGUGAGCCCCCCUCCUCUUUCCCCUCAGCUACUUCGCCCACCUCACACAUGAACCAAGCGGAUCAAGAACCCGGCACCGCGGACCCAAGGCCCAAGAACCCCUACGAUUUGACCAGUGGUCGGACCGGAGACGGCGAGGCCGGAGGCUCGGGCGAAUCGUCCACGCUCACGACGGCAGCUUCUUCCACAAUCGUCGCCGGGACGGACGAUUCAGACGAAACCUCGUCACUCGUCUCCUCCAAGGACUCCUCGGUGGCAGGUGAAGUUUAUGUGCAGAAUGUUGAUAUGGAUCGGUCUCAUUUGGUAGAUAUUCGUGGCUGGCAGAUCAUACGCAGUCUCGAGUUUUGGCAGUUCUUUGCCAUCAUGGGCAUCCUAGCCGGCAUCGGUUUGAUGACCAUCAACAACAUCGGGCAUAGCGUGCAAGCACUUUGGUCGCAUUACGACGAUUCUGUGAGCAACGACAGUCUGCUCAAAAGACAACAGCUUCACGUAUCUAUCUUGUCUGUCUGCAGUUUCUCGGGUCGCCUGCUGAGCGGUGUGGGCUCCGACUUCCUCGUCAAAGUGCUCCAUGCAAGCCGCGUCUGGUGCCUUGUUGUCGCUGGAUUCAUCUUCACCGUUGCCCAGGUGUGCGCUUUGGAAACGGUCAACCCGAACCUGCUGGGCUUCGUUUCCGGUCUUUCAGGCCUUGGCUACGGAUUCUUGUUUGGCGUGUUCCCCUCAAUUGUUGCCGAGAGUUUUGGCAUACACGGACUGUCUCAGAACUGGGGCCUUAUGACUAUGAGCCCGGUCGUUUCCGGAAAUGUAUUCAACCUGUUCUACGGAGUGGUGUUUGACCACCACAGCGUGGUCGGCCCCAACGGCGACCGCUCCUGCGUCGAGGGGCUGCAGUGCUACCGCGCCGCCUACCUGGUCACACUGGGGUCUUGCAUUGUUGGAUUCGUCCUCACCCUGUUUGUUAUUCGGCACCAGUCCGUUCAGAAACAAAGGGACAUCAAAAGCAAAGAUGGCCUUGAGGACUAGGGCCCUAGUCUAGUUGAGUUCCUUUGGGUGUUUGUGUGAAGGCUUGGCGUAUGGUCUUGCUGUGUUGGUGAUGUGAGAUGCCUGUUAGAAGACUUAGACAGCAUAUAGAGAGUUCAGGCGUUCAUGGUAAGUUUUGGAGAUUAGACCCGGGCUGUGGUUUUCCUUUUGGGUUGUUCUGGGUCAUAUAGACGGACAGUGAAGGGCUGUCGAUCAGCUCGGGUUCACGCAGGGGCAAGGCUAUUGGGAACAUUAGCUGUUCUACCAUUGCUGCGGCUCAACCAGAGGCACGCAAAAUAAAUCAUAAGUCAUGUGCUAAUAGAGACAAGUACUUGAUUUCAUGAUAAUAUGCAACAAUCGGAGUGAUCGAGUCUGCGGUGGCAUGAAUGUUUGGCAUGGGUGAAGCUCUUCAAACAUUUAAAUGCCACAUCUACCUGACAUAUUGUUAGCACCAAUGUGGACAACAGCAGUUCUCAGAUAUACUAGCAAUGUGGAUUUAAGAGGGUCCUAUAAAAGGAAAUUACAUAUUAUUCGGAAGCGAGCAUUUUGUUCGGUCACGGUCUAAUGCAACCUUUGCAGAUUCUAUUCCAAAUCCGAAGCCCAGUUGAUAGUUA